AUUUCAGCUUCCGUCUGCAAAUCGCUAGGGUUUUCAUUGAUUUCGCUGCAGAAGGGGGUUUCUGGUUCCCUGAUCGUCCCCUUCCUCUCUCCCGCAACGCCUUCAAUUUUUCGGAUCGGCAGUGGCAGAUCGCGUAAAUUUUAGCGAAAAUGUACGGCUUCGAAGCGAUGACCUUCAACAUUCACGGCGGGUACUUGGAGGCCAUAGUGCGGGGACACCGCUCUGGCCUCCUCACCGCCGCCGAUUACAACAAUUUGUGCCAGUGCGAGACCCUUGACGAUAUCAAGAUGCACCUUUCUGCCACUGAGUACGGCCCCUACCUCCAAAACGAACCUUCCCCUUUGCAUACAACUACAAUUGUGGAGAAGUGCACUCUUAAAUUGGUUGAUGAGUAUAAGCACAUGCUAUGCCAAGCUACAGAGCCCUUGUCAACCUUUUUGGAGUAUAUUACAUAUGGUCACAUGAUAGACAAUGUUGUCCUGAUUGUUACUGGAACCUUGCAUGAGAGAGAUGUUCAGGAACUAUUGGAAAAAUGCCACCCCUUGGGCAUGUUUGACAGCAUUGCCACCCUGGCGGUUGCACAGAAUAUGCGGGAGCUUUACAGAUUGGUGCUUGUUGACACACCACUUGCUCCCUACUUUUCUGAAUGCAUUACAUCUGAGGACCUGGAUGACAUGAACAUUGAAAUAAUGAGGAACACUCUUUACAAGGCAUACCUUGAAGACUUUUACAGGUUUUGUCAGAAACUAGGUGGUGCCACAGCAGAGAUUAUGUCUGACUUACUUGCUUUUGAGGCUGACAGAAGGGCUGUCAACAUUACCAUAAAUAGUAUUGGAACUGAGCUUACUCGAGAUGAUCGCAGGAAGUUGUACUCUAGCUUUGGUUUACUCUAUCCCUAUGGCCAUGAGGAACUUGCUGUUUGUGAGGACAUUGAUCAGGUCCGUGGUUGCAUGGAAAAAUAUCCCCCUUAUCAGUCGAUUUUUUCAAAACUAUCCUAUGGCGAGAGCCAGCUGCUGGACAAGGCAUUUUAUGAAGAGGAGGUGAAAAGACUUUGCCUGGCAUUUGAGCAACAGUUCCAUUACGGUGUUUUCUUUGCAUACAUGAGGUUGAGGGAGCAGGAGAUCAGAAAUCUGAUGUGGAUAUCGGAGUGUGUGGCGCAGAACCAGAAGUCCCGAGUUCACGACAGUGUGGUCUUCAUAUUUUAGUCGGAUUAGAGAUAAUCAUUCGUUCCUUGGCAUAAUCUUCUGUAAAUCUCCUCCCCAUCUUGUCCCCGAACGAAUUGUAGAGAUGGGUGCGGUUGCGUUGUUUGUAAUAUCCCGAUGUUCCUCCCUAAUAAGCACUUUUGCAUAUAUUAUUUCAGUUGUUUUUACUUAAGGGGGAAUAUUUCAUAUUCUGAAAUCGAACAUGUUACAGUUGCGAGGAUAAAUUGAAUUUAUAUACUGUAAUUUGAGAUAUUA